AUGAUGAUGAUGAUGACAGCGAGGACAACAGGAGGCAGCGGAGGGCCACCAGACGACAGCGAGGAGGCGGUGAGCGUGGGAGAGGGAGGAAGCGCCGCGAGGAGAAGGCUCGGCGCUUGCACCUCUGGCUUUUGGUCGCUCGCCCCGGCGGGAAGCGGAUACCCGCGUUUGACGGUGGGAGACUGCGCAAGCCACCCUGCUGACAUCAAGGUCACCGCGUGGUUGGAGGUCACCUGCGAGGGCUGCGAAGAGCAGGCGUUCAACGGGGCCGUACCCGCUGUGGCGUGCGCUAGCGACGACUCUCCAGCAACGCCCUCGCCAUCCGCCGCUUCCACAUCCACCGCAGACGACACGUCCGCAGGGGGCGGGGGCGAUUCUGCCACUGACGAUGGGGGCGAAGUCGGUGCGCAGCAGACGCCGUCGCCGGUCGCUAGCGCUCCCGAGAUUAUCGUGGACGACUCUUGCAAGGUGGUAGACGUCGGCGGGAGGUACCCCGGCCUCUACACGGUAGCCGGCAGCUACAACGAACGCGGUGACUUCUACAGCGCGGACGGGGGACACAACAUCUUUUUCGAGGCAAGCUCCGCCGCCGCGUCCGAGGGAGACGACGAUGAUUUCGACGAUGAUUCGGACGAUGAUUCCGAUGAUGAUUCUGACGACGGUGACAGGAGGCGAAGAGUGCUCAGAGGGCUUUUCGGGGAACGUUCCGGGCAACAGGCCACGGGGAGGAAUCUGGCGGCAUGCAGCAACGGCUACUGGAUCAAGAUGCCCACCGGUGGCGGGUAUCCCUUCUUUGCGGUAGCCGAUUGCGCCGCCUACCCCGAGGAGAUAGCGUCUUCCUCCGCCUGGAUGAUAGUCACCUGCGAGGGCUGCGUCGGCACAGAGGCCACCUCCGCACAGGCCAUCACCUGCGCCACUGGCACCGACGCCUUCGUCGCGACGCCUUCGCCUGUGUCGCCGGUAGUGGCCGGGGGCGAAGAGACUGUCACUUUGCCGGGAGCGGGUCCAUCAACAUGUGAAGCGAUCACCGUAACCGGUCCGCGGGCCGGAGGCUACACCGUGGAAGGCUCGAUCAACGGCGCCGCGGACGCGUACAGCGAUGACGGCUUGUGGCGGAUGUUCUUCGCUCCGCCGGCGUCUGCCCUGAGCAGGAGGGCGCGGAGGAGCCUUUAUUUCAGCGCUGAAGGGGGUGACGCAGUUCCACUCUCCACCGAGCUCGCUCCCGACACGCGUGACACGCACGACCGACGUGGGCUACAGACGUGUGACGGGUACUGGUACAUCACUCCCGUGGAUGACAGAUACCCCGCCUAUGCGGUGAUGGACUGCGGGGAGCACCCGGUGGACAUCGUGUCUUCGGACUGGCUUUACUUGGACUGCGAAGACUGCGAGGUUGUAACCGCCGAUUCCAAGCCAGACGCGUCCUGCACGGGGGCUCCGGCGAAUCUCAAGAGGGGGGGUAGCUUCAACACCCCGGCCCCCGUGGCGCUUGACUUUGUGGGUACCCCCGGUCCCGGCAGCUCUUCCUCCGGAUCCUCUUCAACCACAUGCACGGAGCUCUACGUGACAGGCGACUUCCCUGGCAACUACACCGCCAACGGCACCUACCGUGGGAGGCUAGACUUUUUCAGCGAUGAUGGCACGUUCAACCUGUACUUCGAGCUGGCCGACUCUAGCCGUCGAUUGCUGUCCUCGGCGGAUGAAGAGCGGGAAGGAGAGAGGCGCCUUUUGCCCGGGGAAGUGAUGGCGUCGGCUCUGGAGGAGAGAUACCACGCCUGGGCCGCCUCUCGAAGACUAGCUAUCUGCACCUCCGGUUACUGGAUCAUAACCCAAGUUGCAGGGGACGGAUACCCGGUCCUAGGGGCGCCUGACUGCGCCGACCACCCUGUCGACAUCCGCACCAACACUUGGCUGGUGGCAUCGUGCGAGUCGUGUGGGGUGCAGGAAGCCCCCUCGUUUGUGGCUCCUACCAUCACCUGUGCCUCAGGGGCGGCUGGGGGGGGCGCGGGGUGGCGUGACCCCCUCCCCCGCACUGCCUGCGAUCUGCGGCACCGUGUAUAUGACCGGCCCGGCCGCGGGGGUGUACGUGCAGCAGGGGGACUACGGCACCAGGGGCGACUUCUUCAGCGGGAACAAUGCGUGGAACAUGUACUGGACGUUUUACGCCGGUAAACCGGUGAACCGCAACCGCUUCCGCAGGGGGCUGUCAGUCCCGGAAGACAGGGCGGGCAGCGAGAGAUGGAGCGAGGAAUACGAGCUGGCUCUCCAGACUCUGGCCGACGACCUUAUCCGUCGGAACGAGGCGGCUCGCUCUGCUGAUGGGAAGGGACGGCGAAAGCUAGAGGUGUGCGACGACGGUUUCUGGCUCAUCACUCCCCGGGGAGGAGGGUUUCCGUUCUACGGGACGCUAAACUGCGCUGACCACCCUGCCGAUAUCUCCAACUUGGCCGCGUGGAGCGUUGUGGAGUGCGACGGCUGCGGCUCCGAGCCCUUAGACGGGACGGUAACUUUGACAAUCUCAUGCGACGGGACGGACUUCACCCCACCCCCCUCCACUACCAGCGGGGACACCGACGUUGGGGUGGGAGAAGGCACACCGUCCCCCGCCGGGGUCGUAGGAGGCACCCCUUCUCCCGCCGCCGCCUCGGAACUGCCCAGCAGCUCCGGCAGCAGGAGAUCCUUGCUUGCUGACAGGAGUGUGUUGCGAAAAACGGGUGUUAUUGUUGUUGCGCUUGUUGCUGCCGCGGCGGUUUUGGCUUAGCUUCUUCGUGUUUUCGUUGUUGGGCGGCGCGGGUCCCGGCCUUGGGGGCUCCGUGUUUGCGCGUGUGGUCCAUGGAAUUGGCACCCCCCCUACUUUGCAUGUGUUUCUGUCAGUCUUGGUUAGUGGCCCUAGUCUGCGUUGGUUGUCCUUUCCUGGCGCACUCGACGUUGUUUUUGGGUCCUUGAGACACCGCCGUCCGCGAGAAGUGUUAUGUAGUGUUGCCAUCUCGUCUUUGCCACACGUUGUCCUUGAUGUCGUUGUCGUCGGCUUGGUGUGUUCGUCCCGCACAUUCUAGGCGCUAAAAGCCUAAACCUGCCGGGCCAUGAUUUUGACGCGCCAGUCAUGCAGGGAGAAGGUGGUGGUUAUUUCGUGCAAGCGGCCUCCCUUGCGGAAAAUUUCACCUUUUGCUUAAGGAUAGCGGGGACAACCACGUGCUCUGGUUGUGUUUGUUCUCUUUUAUUCGCCCUCUGGGGGCGGAAGAGCUAUUACGGUGUCCGGGCAUUUGUUGUAGUAUUUGCGUGUGUCUGGGCUUCUGUUUGCAGGGGGGUGAUAUCCUGCGGCUGAUCUAUUUAAGCACCUAUUUAUGUAUGUUUCAUGUAGAAGUUGUACUCUUUUGUCGGUGUGGCCUAUUAGGAAUCGCCGUGCUUUUUUUUCUUUUUCGCCAACUGGCCGGCCUUGCAAUGCUGGCUCUCUUUGCAUGAUGUGACUGUAGAGUCCCUCAUGACUACGUUGUGGGUUGCUGGGUUUUGCAUGGCACAUAAACAUUUUCUGUUUCUGUUUUUUUUUCCUAAAAAACAACCUUGAAUUCUU